ACCAGUUGCUCGCAGGCUUAUGAUACUAACACAGCAGGUUUAAUUUUGUCCGAUUCCUCGUCCAUGUGUGAAGGUCUGCCUUAGUUCUCUCUAUUUACCGAAUAUUAUACCAUGGCAAUCGCAUUGGCGGAAGCGGACAAGUAUGAGAUUCUUGAAAGGAUAGGGAGCGGCUCUUUUGGGGUGAUCAGAAAAGUUCGAAGAAAGGCUGAUGGAUACAUCCUGUGCCGGAAGGAGAUUAAUUACAUUAAAAUGUCCCAAAAAGAGCGCGAACAGCUUACAACCGAGUUCAACAUAUUAAGCUCGCUCCGGCAUCCUAACAUUGUGGCAUAUUACCAUCGAGAACAUCUCAAAGCGACCCAGGAUCUCUACCUGUACAUGGAAUACUGCGGUGGCGGCGAUCUUAGCAUGAUAAUCAAGAACCUCAAAGCAAACAACAAAUUUGCCGAAGAAGAAUACGUCUGGCGUGUCCUUUCGCAGCUUGCUACUGCACUCUACCGCUGUCACUAUGGCGUUGACCCUCCGGAGGUUGGGUCCAACGUCUUCGGCGCUUUGCCGUCUACGAAGCCAACAGGGUUAAAGGGAAAACAGGCACAGGUGAUGAUUCUGCAUCGUGACCUUAAACCUGAAAACAUUUUUCUCGGGGCGGACCAGUCCGUGAAACUGGGCGAUUUUGGCUUGUCGAAGCUGAUGGGCUCCCAUGAUUUUGCGUCAACUUACGUGGGAACACCAUUCUACAUGUCGCCGGAGAUUUGCGCUGGAGAGAAAUAUACGCUCCAUUCAGACAUUUGGGCUGUGGGUUGCAUCAUGUACGAGCUCUGCAUGCGCGAGCCUCCUUUCAACGCCAGAACGCAUAUGCAAUUAGUGCAGAAGAUUCGGGAAGGAAGAUAUCCCUCCUUGCCUGACCUAUAUUCGCCUGAGCUCAAGAGCGUUAUUGCGAAUUGUCUACGCGUCAAUCCGGAUCACCGUCCCGAUACUGCUGCGCUUUUGAAGUUACCGGUUAUUCGGUUGAUGAGAAAGGAGAAGGAGGUCGUUGAUCUAGGCAAAGCUUUGCGAACUAAAGAAGAAACUGCACUACAAAAGAUGAAAGAAUUGGAGCUGAGGUGUGCUCAAUUCGACAAAGAAAAGGCCGCUUUGAAAGUGGAUAUAGAGAAUUCUGUUCGCCGCGAGUGGGAGGUCAAAGCAAGGCUAGAGAUCGAUCGACAAGUCCAGAUGGAACUCGAAACACUCCGAAAACGUUUUGAAGCUGAAGUGCAGGAUAGGGUGGCUGCUGAGCUCCAGAGACAAAGAAUCAUCCAGAGCCAGCCGCUGCAAAACGAAGACGAUGGAGUAGGCUCAUCAACCGACGUGUCUCGUUCAUCACUUGGUACCGACGAUACCGACUUCCCAUCUUCAACCGAUCUAAGCUCCCUUUCGCUGGAAUCUCCAACUUCAGACCAGACCAGAGCUGCCAGGAAAUACAACCGGACGCCCUUCAGCCGCGCCAAGACCACGCUUGAAUCUCCCAUGGACGUGCAAAUGGCGGAGCCGUCACCAAUGAGCAUUGCAUCGCUUUCUCUUUCUCCUCGGCGUAUGCAUCUUGGGUCAACAGCUAGAAAUAUAUUCGCUGACAAUGGAAGAAAAGUCCCUAAAUGGGAUUCGGCACUAUUGUACUCAGAUGAUGAAGAUGACAUUCCGGAUCUUCCAUCACCUUCUCGGCCACAGGUUAAGGCUGAUCCAUUUAAGGCCCCACACCGACCAUUGCUGCGGCAGAACACGACAGCAAUGAUGCAGAAGCUUAGCACUCAGCCCAGUUUGUUCCCGGCUAAAGCUACGACUCAGAGUGCGCAAGCGAGUUCUCCCACGCAGUCAGAGACACGUAUGUCCGAAGGAAGGGCAAAGUCGCCGCAUCGGCGUCUCUCUAAAAUUCCAUCAUGUACUAGUUUGGCACUUGAUGGAGGAUCACCUGUCCGCAGAACGGCAAUGAAGCCUCCAAAUUCUAAGGCUAACGCUGGCGGAGAAGAAAUGUUCAAGGCUGUGAUGCAGAGGAAUAUGGGUGGCAGGACACUUGUUGAGCUGGCCCAGGCCCGAGCUGGCGGCAGGCCUAUCGAAGAGCUGAAACGCCCUGGCGAAACCAGAUUUUCGACCACUGGUCUAGCAACAGUGAAACCUGUUGAGCGAGACCCGCCCGCAACCUGGGACCCUGAAAAGGACGAGAUGCCCAGCCCCUUUUUGGUUCGCGGGACUAAGAUCAUUCGAAAUCUUCGUUGA